AUGGAAACCAAUCAGAAAGCAGGAGGGGAUGGACUGACGGGGACACAGAAGGAGGCGGCGCUCCGGGCACUAAUGCAGCGGACUGGCUACCAGCUGAGACAGGAGAAUGGUCAGCGGCGGUACGGAGGUCCUCCGCCCGGCUGGGAUGGAGGUCCACCAGAGAGAGGCAGUGAGAUCUUUGUGGGGAAACUUCCCAGAGACGUGUUCGAGGACGAGCUGGUCCCUCUGUGUGAGAAGUUCGGGAAGAUCUACGAAGUGAGAAUGAUGAUGGACUUCAACGGGAACAACCGGGGCUACGCCUUCGUCACCUUCAGCACCAAACAGGAGGCCAGAGCUGCCAUGAAACAGCUCAACAACUACGAGAUCAGGAACGGCCGCCUACUGGGAGUCUGUGCCAGCGUGGAUAACUGUCGGCUGUUUGUGGGCGGCAUUCCUAAAACCAAGAAGCGCGAGGAGAUCCUGACCGAGAUGAGGAAGGUGACCGAAGGGGUGGUGGACGUCAUUGUGUACCCCAGCGCUGCCGACAAGUCCAAGAACCGUGGCUUUGCCUUCGUGGAGUACGACAGCCACCGAGCCGCCGCCAUGGCCCGCCGAAAACUGCUGCCAGGCCGUAUACAGCUGUGGGGUCAUGCCAUCGCGGUUGACUGGGCGGAGCCUGAGGUGGAGGUGGAUGAGGACACCAUGGCAGCUGUUAAGAUCCUGUAUGUGAGGAACCUGAUGCUGCAGACCACAGAAGAGACCAUCGAGAAAGAGUUCAGCAGCCUCAAGCCAGGAGCGGUGGAGCGAGUGAAGAAGAUCAGAGACUAUGCCUUCGUCCACUUCACUCAGAGAGAAGACGCCAUCAACGCCAUGAACGCGCUCAAUGGAAAGGUGGUAGACGGGUCUCCUAUCGAAGUCACUCUGGCCAAACCCGUCGAUAAAGACAGUUAUGUUCGCUACACCCGAGGAACUGGAGGACGAGGGGGCUCCCUGCUGCAGACCGACUACACAGCUUACACUCUGGGACAGGUGUACGACCCCUCGGCGGCGUACCUCGGUGCGCCUGUGUUUUAUGCCCCCCAGGCCUACGCGGCCAUCCCAGGUCAGUUCCGCUUUCCGGCAGCCAAAGCUCACGUGGGAGGAGGUCGGGGCGUGAUGAGGACGCCAUCCGUCCGAGAAAUUUACAUGACUGUACCUGUAGGGGCUGCGGGGGUGCGGGGACUGGGUGGGCGGGGCUACCUGGCCUACGCUGCCGGGGGAGGAGCUGUGGGUCGGGGCGGAGGCGGUGGAGGCGGUGGCGGCCACUAUGGGCUGAAAGCGGAGAAGCAGGCAGAGGAGAAGCUGUACGACCUGCUGCCCGGGAUGGAGCUGACCCCCAUGAACCCGGCCGCCAUGAGCUUGAAGACAGCCGCCAUCAAACCAGCGCCACAGGUCCUGGAGGAGCUGUGCCAGAAGAAUAACUGGGGUCAGCCCGUCUACCAGCUGCAUUCAGCCAUCAGUCCGGACCAGAGACAACUCUUCCUCUACAAGAUCACCAUCCCAGCUCUGGCUACACAGUACCCCAAUGUCCAUCCUUUCACGCCCACUAAACUGUGCGCCGCCGUGGAGGAAGCUAAAGUGCACGCAGCCGAGCACACGCUGCAGACGCUGGGCCUGCAGACCGAGGGCGCCACCGAAGCCACCGUGGCCUCUGUGGCCUUCCCAGGCUACGCUCUGGCGAGCCCGGCGUCCUCGGCAGUUGCGUCCCAGCUGAAGCAGGCUGUGUCCCUGGGCCAGGACCUGACUGCCUACGCCACCUACGAGGGCUACCCGGCCUUUGCGGUGCAAGCACGCCACGCUGACGGAUACGGCGUUUUCUAG